AUUUACUCUCUUCACUCUUCUUCUUCUUCUUCUUCUCCGUUCUUCCCCUUUCCGGAGUAGAUACUUAGAAUUUAACACCAAAUUCUGAGAGCAAACAGAGUGCCCAAAUCGAUACACAAGUCUUGUGCCUGCCUUUGGGGGAAAAUUAGUAACAGGCAUUGUUAUUAGUGGAUGGCGAUGGAAUACUUGGUGAAAGUUGGAGAAGCAGAGGAUAGCAGCAUCGGCAGGGGAGAAGGAAAGCCAAGUGCAGGGCCUGUUUACAGGAGCAUUUACGCCAAAGAUGGCCUCUUGGAACUUCCUUCCCACCUCCAUUCCCCCUGGCAAUUCUUCAGUGAUUCAGCGGCUAAGUACGCCAACAAUCCCAUGCUGGGUCGCCGGAAAAUCAUAGAUUCCAAGGCUGGAUCAUAUGCGUGGCUCACUUACAACCAAGUUUAUGAUUCAGCUUUGAGAAUUGGUUCUGCAAUGAGAAGCCUUGGUGUCAACCCUGGUGAUCGUUGUGGUAUCUAUGGUUCCAACUCCCCUCAAUGGAUAACUGCAAUGGAGGCUUGUAACAGCCAGGCUGUGACUUAUGUUCCUCUCUAUGACACCCUUGGUGCCAAUGCUGUGGAGUUCAUCAUUAACCAUGCUGAAGUCUCCAUGGCCUUUGUUCAAGAGAACAAACUCCCUGCUGUAAAUCUCUUCCUGCCUGCUGUUGCCCUUUUUAUAUCUGCUUCAGCCCUUACUAAAGCUAUCUGCCCUUUUUUUUCUUUUCAGGUUCUGUCCUGCCUCUCAAACUGUUGUUCAAACCUGAAAACAAUCAUCAGCUUUGGGGACAUUUCUGCCCUGCAGAAGAAGGAAGCCGAGGAGCUGAGGGUGUCUUGUUACUCGUGGGAAGAGUUCUCUCAGCUGGGAAGUUUGGAUUCCGAGCUACCUCCGAAACAGAAGACUGACAUCUGCACCAUAAUGUACACAAGCGGUACUACUGGAGAACCUAAAGGAGUUAUCAUCACAAAUGGAGCUCUCAUGGCUGAAGUUCUGUCUGUUGACCAUUUGCUCUCCCAGACUGACAGAGUGCUUGAUGAAGAAGAUACAUACUUCUCUUUCUUACCUUUGGCUCACAUCUAUGACCAAGUGAUCGCGAACUACUGCAUCCACAAAGGUGCCUCCAUUGGAUUCUGGCAAGGGGAUGUCAGAUUCUUGAUGGAGGAUCUUCAGGAGUUGAAGCCAACCAUGCUUUGUGGGGUUCCUAGAGUGUACGACCGCAUUUACAGCGGUAACAAGCUGGGAAACCUUGAGAAGGGAAUUGCACAAGCCAAAGCUGCACCAUUCUUUGACAAGCUCGUCUUUGAAAAGGUGUUAGGGAAUUGCAAACAGACUAAGCUAGCAUUUGGAGGCCGAGUCCGGAUUCUCUUGUCUGGAGCUGCACCUUUGCCUCGCCAUGUCGAGGACUUCCUAAGGGUCAUAUCCUGCUCUACAUUAUCACAAGGCUACGGACUUACUGAAAGCUGCGGCGGAUGCUUCACUUCGAUCGGUGACAUAUACCCUAUGGUGGGAACCGUUGGUGUUCCUAUGACAACCAUCGAGGCCCGGCUCGAAUCAGUCCCUGAGAUGGGCUACGAUGCCCUCGCCAGUGUGCCACGUGGCGAGAUCUGCCUCAGAGGUAACAGCUUGUUCUCUGGAUAUCACAAGCGCGAAGAUCUCACGAGAGAAGUCCUCGUGGACGGCUGGUUCCACACGGGUGACAUUGGAGAGUUGCAGCCCAAUGGAGCCAUGAAGAUCAUCGACCGGAAGAAGAACAUCUUCAAGCUGUCACAGGGCGAGUAUGUCGCCGUGGAGAAUCUAGAGAACACUUACUCUCGAUGCCCUCUCGUUGCUUCGAUUUGGGUGUACGGCAACAGUUUCGAGUCGUUUCUAGUUGCAGUUGUCGUGCCAGAUAAGCAAGCAAUCGAGGAGUGGGCGAAGCAGCACAAUGUUACGGGCGAUUAUCAAGCCUUGUGCGAGAAUCAGAAGGCCAGGAACUAUGUCUUGGAUGAGCUGAACAGCACUGGAAAGAAACACCAGCUGAAAGGGUUUGAGAUGUUGAAAGGAGUUCACCUGGAGCCAGUUCCAUUUGGGAUAGAGAGAGAUCUGGUGACUCCAACGUUUAAGCUCAAGAGGCCUCAGCUGCUGAAAUACUACAAGGAACGCGUUGAUCAACUUUACAGUGAAGCAAAGGAGUCCAAGGCUUGAGUUGAAACUGAACAUGUCUGAUUGAACUUCUACGAUGGUGUAAAGGCUCCUACGUGGUGACACCGCAAGAGUUAUCUCAUUGGUCAAUGUUUAUAUACACAUAAAGAAUGACUGGAGAAUUAUGAACAGAUUCAAUUGUCAUUCUGAUCUUCCAACCAUUCAAUUAAAUACAUAUGAAUGGAGAUCACUACAUAUUGCUUGUCUGCUGUUAAUUUGAGCUUGCAUGAUGGU